AUGACACUGAAAAAAUGGGUGCCACCGUUCCACCUAGGUGAACGGUUGGGCCCUAAGACCAAUCUUCGUCUCAUUCUUAUGACAACAACCCUCGUCAACUUUUUGGAUCUUUUUCAACUCUCGGCAGUGCUCUUUGGUCUCCCAGACAUUGAAAAGGCGUUAGGUUUUACUAGCGAGGAUAUCAACUGGGUGCUUAUUGUUUACAACAUUACCUUCGCCGCUUUCCUCCUCAUCGGGGGGCAGUUAGGCCAGAGAUUCGGUCUGGAGAAGACAUUCAUUUCCGGAGCAGCAAUUCUUACGGUGUCCAAUAUCAUCAACACAGCGGCGCCAAACAAGGCGGCUCUUCUUGCCGGUCGGGCAAUUUCAGGGAUUGGGGCGGGAUUGACUGCACCGAACGGACUUGCUAUCCUGAGUAGAACCUUUCCCGAUGGCGAUGCUCGAAACAAAGCACUAGCAAUCUACACAGCUUGCGCCCCAUUAGGAUCUACCAUUGGCACUGUUGUUGGUUCCCUUCUCUCAUCGUCUGACGCCGGCUGGAGAUCUAUAUUCUGGCUGUGUCUAAUUCUCACCGGUCUGGCACUUGUGCUAGCUUGCCUAUUUUUACCACCCUUUGCCAAGACAAACGACACUCCAAUCGAUAUAAUGGGGAGUGUAGUCUUUGUGAUUGGAAUCGCUCUACUAGUGUAUGGUCUGAAUGAUAGCCCAAGAAGUGGGUGGUCUUCAGCACCUGUCCUUGUAGGUAUCAUUCUAGGAGUGUGCCUAUUAGGUGCCUUCGUCUUUAUUGAGAUGAAAGUUGCCAACCCAUGCAUUCCACCAUAUGUUUGGAAAAGCCUCCCUUUCUUCCUCAUGCUUGUCGCUAUCUUUGCUUUUGGUGGCAGUUUUAGUUCGUGGUUCUUCAUUACUACACAACUCUGUGUCAAUCUACUAGGCUACACACCGGUUCUCACUGCGGUUUAUUUUUUGCCUGGUGCAUUCUCAGCCAUUGUCGGCGGAGCUCUAUCGGCACCCAUGAUCAAGCUUACCGGGGAGAAGAUGACUCUGGUAAUUGGGCUUGCUAUUACAGCGGCCGGUGCUGUAGCUUGGGUAUUUGCAACUCCUGACCUUGCAGGGGGAACUGGCCAUGGUGAGGGAUACUGGUACUCCAUUGUGGCUGCAAUCAUCUUUGUCUGUGGCAGCCCUGUUGCGAUGGUUCCAGCCCAAAGCAUUCUGCUUCGUCAGGUCGAAGCAUCCAACCAUGCUAUGGCUAGCGCACUGUUCAACACUGCUUACCAAGUCGGGGCCAGCGUUCUUCUAGCCGGUGCCAAUGCCUUCAUGAAUGGAAAUCGCAAGCCCAUUAAUGGCAUCAUGAUGGUCUCCAUGACUGGAUAUCAAAACGCAUUUUGGCUUCUUACCGGAGUCCUUGGAGGUGCAGCACUCGCCAUAGCUGUGGCUUACUGGCCUCAAAAAACAGAUCAACAGCCAGAAAGCCUUAUGGAAGAAUCGAACCCAGAUGAGGAGCAACAAAUAAUGAAGGCUCAGUGA